AUUUGUGAUCGUCGAUGACCAGGGACACAGGCGGCGGAAGACAGCAAAAUUAGCAAAAAUGCUACGUUUUCAACAGCGAAGAGGUCAUAACUGGUGUGUUCGGCGCCGAAAAUCUCCUUCCGGCUGGUAUUAUCCAUUUCCAGUGACCGCAAAAACCACCUGGAAAGUGAUUUUCGGAAUUGGAGACGCUAGAUGUGGCUUCUACUGUACAGAAAUCCCUUACUACUCUCAUAGCCGGAGUAAUCCCCGGAGAGAGUUCCGAUUUUCGGGCCGGAUCCAUUAACGGUUGCAGUUGAGAAGGCUGUCAUCGACCGGCGCCUCUCACCUCCGACUGCUGACGAUCUUGCGUUUGGAAGAAUUGUUUGGAUAAUCAUUUCCAAUUUGAUCCAAAUUGUAGGUAUGUAUGUACGUUUUGUGUUAGGAUUCACUUACAUAAUUGUUACACAAAAUCUUGACUAUUGAUCUCUGUAUUAUGAAUAAUUGAUUCAGAUUUAGCACGAUUUAAAUCUUAAUCUAAACAGAUGAAUGGUAAAGAUUUUGUGGAAAGGAUAUGUGUAACUCAUGUUUUAUUUAGGGUUCAUGGUUUUUCAUCAUCCUUUCCUCCCAUUAUAUACAAAAACCGUUUGUUUACCUUUGUUUAUUUGAGGGCGUGUUUGCCUGAGAUUUUAGUUGGGAGAAGGAGUAGGGAUGU